GGCCUAAUAGAUUACAUUCAUCGUUGAGAUUCUUUAUUUUUGGAUAUUUUUAAUACAAAAUUCUACAUAAUGACUUUAAUUGGAGCAAUUUUUAAUAAAGCAAAGACAAAAGAAUCAAGUGAACGUAAAUAUACAUCACCGCCUCCAGAAAUUGAGGAAAGUAAAUUGAUACGAAAGACGAAAAAAAGACAUCACAAGUACAGAAAUGUCAAAUCCAUCGUUGACAGUUCACCGCCAUGUUACGACAGACAACGCAUGUUUCGCUCAAUUCCUGAAUGGGUUCACCGUACCAGAGAACUUUAUAUGGAAAACGCUCGAAUGCUUUUCGCUAUAAGCUCUGCUUAUAUGAAUGGAGGCAGAGUCGACAGUCAUUGGACCACAGAGCUAUAUCCUAGCAAACAAUAUUACGCGAGCAGAGUGCAAUUUUAUAGGAACACUGUACGAGAAAAUAUUGAAAUAUACAAACGUAUUAAAAAUGCCGCCCCGAGGGUCGUCCCGACGAACAUUUUAAUAAAGGAAUGGAACCGAAAUAAAAUUAAAAUGAUAAAGUCGGCGAGGAACAACUUUGUGUUGUUUCCUACUUCGCCCGUUGACCUCAUCGAAGACUCCGCUUUUAAAGCACCAGAUGGCGCUAACAGACCGAGGGUGUAUAUACAUUUGCGAGCUCGAGGUCACUCGUCCCUGGGUUAUCUUCGAUUGGAGCUAUUCACUGAUGCGUGUCCGCUUACAUGUGGUCUGUUCCUCGAGCUGAUGAUGGGAGACGGGCUCGGCCACGGAUAUGUUGGGACCAGAUUCUUUAGGAAAGUCCCCCACUUGUUUUGGUCCGGUGGAGAUGUUAUCUACGACGCCGGCGUCGGGUGCUACGCCCAGCGUGGACGCAGCAGACCUAUCGGCGCCGAGAACUACCACUUUCCGCAUUCCAUGCCAGGAUUGCUGUCAAUGCGAAUGACCGGUGACGAUGAGAUGUGCGGUAUCUUCAAUAUAACCUUCAAAGCGUUGCCUCAGUUCGAUUUACGGAAUGUCGUCUUCGGUAGAGUAAUCCGACCGUGCCCCACAUUCGACGUGAUCCAAACCCUCCCAGCGAAUCCCCACCCAGCCAUCGAAAUAGCCUCAGCCCGGUUCAGGCUCGAGUCCGGCUGGGUGUGUGGCGCCCGGAACGCCAGGAUUCGACCCACCCACCCCACCCACGUCCCGAGACCGAGACGCCAACAAUAAAACGAUAACCAAAACCA